UGCCAUCGACUGCUUCUGCCUGGAUUAAACAAGGAAGCGGAUGUAAAGCGCACCCGGAGCUAACAAAGCUAGCUGGGUUUAGCCGCCGUCCGCGAACAACUAGCUGCUUUAGCCGCCAGCUAUCUUUGUACACAAGCGCGCGCCACGGUAAAGCGCUCGGUUCCGACAGGUUGACGCUCGCACCGCACGGCGGGCGGCUGACAUGCCGACCAGGCCAGAUGAAAUUGGAGGCUCUUCCUUCCUCCAGGUUCAUGAAGUCGGUGGGAUUUGCUAGGUUCUCCUGAGCUUCUCGCCGCCGCCGCCGCUGCUUCUUAAGUUGGCUGUUUGUGGACACUAAGCUUGGGGAAUGUCGUCCCAGGAGCCCUCACUGGGAGCCGGGGAGCGGGUGGAGCUGGUACACACAUUAUCCAAAGAGACUCUCGGGUCCCCAGAUGCCUCCGAGUUGGGGAGCCCUCGAUGCACACAAACCUUUGACCUCUUCAACAUGGUUGUGUCCUAUAAGAGAAUGACGUGGUUCCUGAAGCCGGUUGUUGAUGCGGUGGAGCUGAGCUGCUUCCUUCUUGGAUGGAAGAUGCCCCUGUGCUCUCUGCUUGUCUGUAUAUUCCUUAAUGUCUUCUUCUGCACUGUUAGUGAAGUGGGUUGGUUCUCAUUGGGUGUGGUGGCGGUGUCAGCACCAGCUGCCCUGGGUUACCUGCAGGACAGGUGUCGGGGCAGGACGUCAGAAGCUGAGCUCCAGAGGAGGUGCUAUCAUGCUGUUAACCGCAGAGACCUGCAGACGGUGCACCUCACAAGGCAGGAGGCCAUGCUGGAAGUCAAAGGCCUACUGAAGCUCUUGGAUGAAACACUAUCAUCUGCCUGUCAGACAGCAGAGGCCAUAUACAAAGUCCUGUACUGGGAUAAUCACACCAAAUCAUCAAGGUUCUAUGGAGGGAUGCUAAUAAUCAUGUGCCUGCUUUAUGCUGCCCCUGUGGGUUGGGUGCUCGCUGGGCUUAACAGCGCCAUUUUCCUGUGGAACAGGGACUUCUGGAGAGUUUUGUGGGAGCUCGGCAAAUUCUUCCACAUAGGUCAGACCAAAACUUCAGAGGGGUCUUGUGAAGAACAGGAACAGGGGAACUUGCAGGACCAGACCCCUACACCGACAAGCCUGGAGGAUCUGUCUCCUGGCAGCAUAGAGGAAGCGGAGGAGGCUGAGCCUGAUGAUGAAUUCAAGGAUGCCAUAGAGGAAAAUACAGUUUCCCUGCAGGAAACCCCUCUGGUCUUAGUGGAGGAUGAUGACGGACCUCUCGCAGCUCCGGAGUAUGACACCAUCUCUGAAAAUGGUCUCUUGAGUCGCAAUGAACCAAUACGCAGCAAGGUGUCCAAACUCACAGAGAGGCUACGUAAACGUUACCCCACCACCAGCACAGGCAACUGUUCUAGCUGCAAUGCUGUCUUUUCAGUGCUGAAGAAAAGGAGGAACUGCAGUAACUGUGGCAACAGCUUCUGUUCACGAUGCUGUUCCUUCAAGGUGCUCAGAUCUUGUAUGGGUGCAACAGCUCCAGAGGCCCAGAGAGAGACUGUGUUUGUCUGUGCUGCCUGUAAUUCCUCUCUCAUCAAGCUGCAGUGAGGCGGCACCGUGGUCACAUGUCACCCCUAGAGCCCUUCACCAAGUUAUUGAAACCCUAACACAUGCCUUGGUUCUCAAGUUAGGCCCUAGUAUCUGUCAAGAUAACUGUUGUGUUUAACUCCAAGACCCCCCAUCCUAAGGAAGCUGCACCCCUCUUUACGUAAACGUAAUGAUUAUGGGAAUUUUACUGUAAAAUGUUGCAUACUUUCUGUUACAAGUCUCGAAGGACUGGGCCUUAUAACUCAAUGAGACUUAUUAAAGGACCUUGUGUUUUCCCUAUGUUGAGCAGAGGGAAGAACAAACAGUGCAAGGUGGAAGGCCAGGACUGGGCAGGCGGUGCCAGAUCAUGUCAGUAAGCGUACAGGCUGUCUGUGGUUUCGCUUGUAAAUGCUUUGCCUCGCCACAAAGUUGAUUCCACUUGAAUGUUGGUGUCUUAAAAUGCAGCUCUGUGUAGCAGUUUCCUGUUACUGUAAGUGUGCUAUAAUGCUGAAAGGACAUUGCUGCAUGAACAGGACUAAGACUGGGAUGUUUGCUGGUGGCCGGCGUGGUAUAAAUCUGGCAUAUUUUUAUGUUGCAGAUGAGUUCAGUGUCCGUUGUCCCCAUUGCUUUUGAGCAGUUUGAUUUUUCACGGUUGCAGCUGAUCAUGUGCUGCAUGCACAUAGUGAACUGUCCUAAAGUCUGGGUGUAAACUACUGUGACUCUAUGUCUAGGGCUAGGAUAUGUUCAUCAAAUCCACUUGCUCUUCUUGUAAUUAUGAGCUUGUUGGGUCAGCCUGAAAAGUUUCCUUAUGUGGGCAAUUCCCCUUUUCUUGGAGGACAGUGGAUUGUUGAAAGAUUUGAAAUGCAUUCAGGCCAAGUGUUUACUCAAACUGGAGCAGAGUCAAGCCAACUGGAUUUAAGUUGUUUUAAAUGACAAUUGUUGUUAGUCUCACUUUCUUGAAAGCAGGCCUUAAAAGAUUGUGGAGGCAUUAAAACCCAAAAGGUGGAUCAUGGUGGUAAUGUUUUAAUCAUGAUUCAGACACAGAUGAUUGUAAUUAUUUGCUUUGCUUUUAUUGUAACUGUUGUUGUACAUUGUUUUACUAUAACUAAUAUAUUUAAUUUUAAACUCCAGAAAGUUAUAAUUUAACCCUAAUGUUGAGUUCUUUUGUGUGUGUGUAUAUAUAUAUAUAUAUUUCCCUUUGUUUUAUGAUUGAACUAUGACAUCAUUGAAAUAAACUCUGUGAUGAUUUGAUUAACAAUG